AUAAUAAUGAUAAACAAUGAAAGCUAAUUGUUAAUAAUACUAACAUCAAUAUUAAUAUUACUUCACUGCAUCAAGAUUCAAGAUCAGCCAUGAUGCUCUUACUUCACUCCAUUGACAUUCAAUUAAACAAAUAAACCAAACCCUAACACUCUCACUCUUCACUUACCACCUUCUUCUUCUUCCAUGGCUUUCAGGUUCAUCACUGAUCGUUAGAUCACUGAUCACCGCAAUGUGAAUGAAUGAGUGAGUGCAUUGACGUGUAUGUGAAUCAAGUCAAGUAGUUUAUGAGAGGGAGCAACUGCUGGCCACUUGGAUCAGAGUGAGUGGGCAUUGAUCUUGUAAGCUAUUGGAGUUGGGAUUGGUCGGUCAAAAUGAGAUUGUUGGAGUUUGGGUGUGUGUUGAUUGUUGUUUCUGCACUUCUGGUUUCUGGGGAUGCUGAGAUUUACAUAGUAACUGUUGAAGGUGAGCCUGUCAUAAGUUACACUGGAGGUAUUAAUGGGUUUGAAGCUACUGCAGUGGAAUCUGAUGAGAAGAUUGAUACCGAAAGUGAAUUGGUUACUUCAUAUGCUCGCCAUCUUGAGAAAAAACAUGACAUGCUGCUUGGGUUGCUGUUUGAGGAAGGGACAUACCAGAAACUGUAUAGCUAUCGACAUCUUAUAAAUGGGUUUGCUGUUCAUAUUUCACCGGAACAGGCAGAAACUCUAAGACGUGCUCCAGGAGUGAAAUCUGUUGAGAGGGAUUGGAAAGUGAGGAAACAUACAACACAUACCCCACAAUUUUUAGGGCUUCCAACUGGGGUUUGGCCAACUGGAGGUGGCUUUGAUAGGGCUGGAGAAGACAUUGUCAUUGGAUUUGUGGACUCAGGGAUCUAUCCUCAUCACCCAAGUUUUGCAACUCAUAAUGCUGAGCCAUAUGGGCCAGUUCCAAAAUAUAGAGGAAAAUGUGAAGCUGAUCCGGAUACUAAAAGAAGUUACUGCAACGGGAAGAUUGUUGGAGCACAACAUUUUGCUCAGGCUGCAAUAGCUGCUGGGGCAUUUAACCCUAUAAUUGACUUUGCGUCUCCUCUAGAUGGUGAUGGGCAUGGAAGUCAUACUGCCUCUAUUGCAGCUGGAAAUAAUGGUAUUCCUGUGAGAAUGCAUGGACAUGAAUUUGGGAGAGCCAGUGGGAUGGCUCCUCGUGCUAGGAUUGCUGUGUACAAGGCACUUUAUAGACUGUUUGGAGGGUAUGUUGCAGAUGUCGUUGCUGCAAUUGAUCAGGCUGUAUAUGAUGGAGUGGAUAUACUCAGCCUUUCAGUGGGACCCAACAGUCCUCCAGCAGCCACCAGAACUACCUUUUUGAACCCUUUUGAUGCUACACUUCUUGGAGCUGUGAAAGCUGGUGUAUUUGUCGCACAGGCUGCUGGAAAUGGUGGUCCUUUUCCGAAGACAAUGGUUUCAUAUAGUCCAUGGAUAGCAUCGGUAGCAGCUGCAAUUGAUGAUCGUAGAUAUAAAAACCAUUUGAUCCUUGGAAAUGGAAAAACCUUAGCUGGAAUUGGGUUGUCACCUUCCACACAUUUGAACGAAACAUACACAUUGGUUGCUGCAAAUGAUGUGUUGCUAGAUUCUUCAGUUAUGAGGUACAGCCCCACAGAUUGCCAGAGACCAGAACUUUUAAACAAGAACUUGAUAAAGGGAAAUAUUCUUCUCUGCGGUUAUUCCUUCAAUUUUGUUGUUGGCUCUGCAUCAAUCAAGAAAGUCUCAGAAACAGCAAAGGCCCUUGGUGCAGUUGGGUUUGUUCUUUGUGUCGAAAAUGUUUCCCCAGGAACAAAAUUUGAUCCAGUCCCUGUCGGCCUUCCUGGGAUUCUCAUCACAGAUGCCAGCUAUUCAAAGGAACUUAUAGAUUAUUAUAAUAUCACUACACCAAGAGAUUGGACUGGACGGGUAAAGAGGUUUGAAGGUACAGGUAAAAUCGGUGAUGGUUUGAUGCCUAUUCUGCAUAAAUCUGCACCACAGGUGGCAUUAUUCUCUGCUCGAGGACCAAAUAUAAAGGAUUUCAGCUUCCAAGAGGCAGAUCUUCUCAAACCAGAUAUAUUAGCUCCUGGCUCAUUGAUUUGGGCUGCUUGGUGUCCAAAUGGAACUGAUGAGCCAAAUUAUGUCGGUGAGGGGUUUGCCAUGAUCUCUGGAACCAGCAUGUCUGCACCACAUAUAGCUGGAAUAGCUGCUCUUAUAAAGCAGAAGCACCCUCAUUGGAGCCCUGCUGCCAUUAAAUCAGCCUUGAUGACAACAUCAACAACUCUAGACAGAGCAGGGAAUCCUCUUCUAGCCCAGCAAACAUCUGAAUCAGAAGCUAUGACGCUGGUCAAAGCUACUCCUUUUGAUUAUGGGAGUGGACAUGUUGAUCCAACAGCUGCCUUGGACCCUGGACUCAUCUUUGAUGCAGGAUACGAGGACUAUCUAGGGUUCUUGUGCACAACACCAGGCAUUGACGUUCAUGAGAUAAGGAACUACACUCACACACCAUGUAACACCACCAUGGGCAAGCCAUCAAAUUUAAACACCCCUUCUAUCACAAUUUCCCAUCUGGUGAGAACUCAAGUUGUCACACGCACGGUCACAAAUGUCGCCGAAGAAGAAACCUAUGUGAUCACAGCCAGAAUGGAGCCAGCUGUUGCCAUUGAAGUCAACCCUCCGGCAAUGACUAUCAAAGCAGGCGCAUCACGACAGUUUUCAGUGACACUGACGGUUCGGUCAGUGAGAGGAACCUAUAGUUUUGGAGAGGUUUUGAUGAAAGGGAACAGAGGACACAAGGUGAGGAUUCCUGUUCUGGCCAAUGGAUACCGAAGAUAGAUGUCAUAGCUUAGUUUGGUCAGCAAAGCAAAGGAAAGCAGUGUUGCUUGUAAUAUUCUUUGUAACUUGUGGGGAAUAAGGUAUGGCGCUACAUUUAUUCGUCUAAAUUAUAUAUAUAGUAUUAAAUCAUGAAUAGGUGUAAUGUAAUGUAAUGUAAAGGUAAGCAGGUGUAAGGGGUCACUCCUAGUUUCUUCCACAUAUAAAGUUUUGCCUAUAUGGUCAAGUGUUGUAAUGCUUCAUCAUAAGUUUUUCCCUGUAUCUGCCUCAUUCCCCAAAGUAUCUUGCUUACUGCAUGUGUAAUACAUGAAAUAAUUACUAGUAUAACAUAAAGUAUCAAUGGCACAGCGUAAAUUUUACCAAA